UCGAUAAAGGAAACAAGCACACCACAAGCCACCAUGUUUAAAACUGCAGUAUUUCUUUUGGUAAUAUUCGCCGUCAUAUUUAAAGCCAAUACUUUACAAUGUUACGUGUGCUAUGAUUGUGAAAACUUUAGUGACGAAUAUCUAACAUCCUGCGACUCGUUGCUUUCUACUACUACUACAACUACUGUUAGUGUCGCGCAAGUCUCGCAACCUACAUCUACUAGUACCUCUACGAGUACCUCACCAAGUACAACGCCUUCCUCUACCAGCUCUAGUACCGAAUCAACUACUUCAAGUUCUACUACUAAUACUACCGAAUCAACUACCUCAAACUCUACUACGACGUCUACUACAACACCUACUACGAAUACAACGACGACAACUCUAGCUCCUCAGUCGCAAGUCUCAGAUUUUGCAGAGAGACUAGAGAGGGCAAAUACGAGUACAACGUGGGAGUGUGUCAAGGGAACUCUUCCAGUGAACGGCUCCAGCGUGGUCGUCCGCGGCUGCGCAGCGGGCCGUACCAACGAAACCUGCAACAUGUUUGGGCUGAGCUCCUGCUCGUUCUGCUCAACUGACAAAUGCAACGGAGCUGGUUCUAUACAAGCAUCGGCUGCUGUUUUAGCCGUAGCAUUUUUCGCGUAUAUAGUUAAGGACUUUUAAGGUCGUAUAUGCAACGUGGUUAGAC